AUGUUCUAUGAAAAGACACACGUCCUCGAUGUCAACAAGUCAAUGUACAAAUACCCAUGGCUGGAAUAUCCAGAAAGGGCCAAAGAAUUCAGAAAAGCCACAACUCUUGCUCACCUACCUUUGUCCUGCUACCAGAUGCCAAAGGAGGAGUUCCCCCCAAGUCCAGAGUGCUGGAGGCAGCACCCAAGCAAGCCACACUCGGUGCCUUACUGCUACUCCCAGAAGCCUGAAAUCUACUCACACUGGCACACUCUCUAUGGGCGGCGAGAGGAACGGGAGGUCCAGAAGAUGUUGCAGAAAAUGAGAGAUCACCCUAGGUACCUCAAACAAAGUAUUCAGCUCCAAAAACUCCAUCUCCCUAUAAACAAGUUGACUCCAAAAUCUCAAGUGGACUCCACAUUCUCAGGGCCUACUUCAGACCCCCUCAAGUGGCAAAGAUUAAAGGAACUCACACAAAGUCUGGAAUCUCCCAGAGAGGACGAGCAACACUAUGCAGCUCAGGCUCUGGGGUGCCUGGGCAUCAGUGACAAAUUUAUCAUAGAGGCACUACGGAAGGUGGCCAAAACUGGUCCAGAGAAAGUGAAGUUCGAGGCCUUUCGAACCCUGGCUCUCCUGGGCUGCCUGAAUAAGCAAGUGAUCCAGGCUCUCAUGCACCACUUGAAGGGGCGAAAUGAAGCUCGAAGGACAGAGACUCUGGUGGGGCUACGAACGGCUCUGAACAACUGGGUGACUGUCCCUAAAGACAAGAGGACUCAAGUGGGGGAUGAAGGGAAGCUGGUGCCUCUGCUGCAGAUGCUGAUGAAAGCUUUGCCAAAUGAUAUGGCUCUGGAGGCAGCCCUGUGCUUGGGUUUCCUGAGGCCCUGCAGCCAGGUGGUCCAAGAGUUCCUGCUGCAGUACCUGGGCCAAGGGCCUAAGAUCCAGCAGAUGAAGGCACUUACGAUGCUGGUCAGUGUAAUGCAUGUGCACUCAGCUACAGUCAUCAAGGCCAUCCUAGAGCAGUUGUGCUCUUCCAGUGUCCUUGAGCACCGCUUGGAAGCUGCCAAGAUGCUCAGGACCAUUGGGCUGGAAAAGAUCCAGGCACAGGGGCUGGAAGGACUCACAUUUGACCUACUCCGAAAGAAGUUGUAUAACGAACCCUUCCUGGCUAUGAGGCAGGCUGUGGCUGAAACUGUGGAGGAGCUCAAGAUGAAACCUAUGAUGAUGAACUUGGUGGAGGCGCAACUGAUGAGCCCAAGUGCCACUACACGCCAGGAAGCAGUCACCUCUUUGGGCAUCCUGGGUAUCCGCAGCCCACAAGUGUACCACUUGCUCCUAGACAUGCUAGAUUCAGAAAAGAGCCAGGAUAUGAAGAAGAGUCUACAAAAAACAUUAAUCCUUUUGGCUUCAACUGACCCCUGGAUCCGAAAAAAGUUAAAGAACAAGGUUCUCUUUGUGUAUGAAGCACCUAAACUCAGUGCAGAGCCAGAACCUACAAGGUUCCGGAAGGAGCCUGAGAGCCCAGAAGAGUUAAAUAUCCAAGACUUUCGACUUGCACAGCUGAGCCCCUUGUUUGUUGCAAAGUCCAGCCCCAGAAUGGACCAACAAAAAAAGCCUGCUUUCCCAUCCUGUUUCUCCAACCCAGUAAAAGACAUGUCACAAGCGAAAAAGCCCUGGGAGCCAAGGAUCAGGAGACAGCUCCAGACCCUCGCUAAAACCUCCAAAUAG